AUGGCUACAAAACGCAAAUAUAGCCUCGAGGAUGACCACGUGGACGCUCAGACCCCAAAAAAGCGCAGUCACCAAAACAAGCAGAAAACUGUUGCGGCCCUCUAUGAUGACGACGACAGCGAUCAUGAUGGCGCACCGAAGGGCAAAAGGAGUAGCCAGCGACCAGCACCCAAGUCAUCCCGUGCGACAAAGAAAGCGAAGAAAUCUGACAGACUACUUGCUGAACUUGCCGAUUACAACAAGCCCCCAGUAGAUCGCUCAAGGAGGGAGAGUCCUGACGCGAUCGCCGACGAUGAAGAGCCGAUGUCCCGUCCCAAGCGCGGAAGUGCUCCGAAGACGUCUAUGUUUACUCGAAAGACUGCCGACGUGACGGAGAAAGCACGCACGGAUGGCGGGCGCAUCACCAAGCCGAAAUCAAAGGCAACUCGUUCAAUAAGGCGAAGCCAAAAAGAGAGGAUGCGGGCAGAGGUUGAGCAGUUGGCGCUGUGGCGUGGGUGGGUUUCCGACGGCUCGAGCGAGGAAGACGAAAAGAACGAACAUCUUCCUCGUACACAUUCAAAUCACUACCCACCAAAGAAUUUCGGUGUCCAGAACGUGGAUUGGUCUUUGUUGCCUGGUGAGCUUCGCAACAGGAUCUACGACUACGCGAUGAUGGGGGAGAACGAGAAAGUCAUCAACGUCCGUCACUGCCCUGACGGCGUACCCCGUCGAUCCGACCGAGGUAUCGCCUCCAACACCAACUUUGCGUUUUCCCACUGGGGCUUCACACAAACCUGUCGCCAGAUCCGACAUGAACUGAAGCCUUGGCUUCAAAUGAAGCGACAAGUCCGAACCCCACUCGAGACGAUAAACGAGUACAUUGACACCUUUCAUCGCCCUGACGCAGACGGCAAGCUCAUAGGAUGGGUGGAGCCUAUCUGCCGCGAUGUUCCACUUUCGGGCGAUGGAGUCGACGUACUGGCAUUGCUAAAGCUCAAGGAAAAUAACCCAGACUUCCACAUACAUUUUUCCCUCACACAAUCCAACUCCGGCCAUUUCAACGAAAUGAAUAUCAUGCAUGAUAUAGAAGACACUUAUACACAUGGAUGGAUGGCGCUCUUCGCCAAUGCUGGCAUUGUUGGUGCAAAAGUCAGCUCAGUUGCCGGUGAUACUGCGGUAUCAAACGUAUCCACCGAAGAUGACGCGGAUUUACCUCAGCCCAAUGAUACCCUCCUAAAGCUCAAGACUGGCCCGAUCAAGGCAGCUAGGAUAACAAACGGGAGCAUACCUAUUGAGACGAGGCUUAAGGGUACAGGCUCGUCUGAGGACUGGUACGGCGAUUUGGAAGGUGAGGCCACAUUUGGUUAUUGA